CUGACGUUUAAUUUGACAGAAAUAGGAAAUUUUUAUUUUUCAAAAACAAAAUUGUACUUUGUUUAUCCAAACAAAUUUAAUUUUUCAAAAACAAAACAAUGGAAAGCGCUCCUCUCAAUUUGGCACAUUUCCACGAAAGGCGUGCAGACAAAUACCUAAAACGCAAUCGCUAUGAUGAAGCUAUCAAAGCAAUGGAAACUGCUCUCGCUUACAUCGAAGAUGCUUACAAAAUAAUUUCAAUUCCAAAAGCCAUCGAAGUUCUCGAUGCCGAGAAAUGGAAUUGCUCACGAAAACUAAAACAAAUCAAUAUUCGUCAGUCCCAGUACGAAGUUCCCAAGAUUCCAACCAUAGCUCCUCAACCAAGUGAACUACAGCAGUCCGAGACGCGACAGAAUGACUUGACACAAGCUAGCGGUGUGUCCAUACAUCAGGCUAUUGAAAGCUUUGAUGCCAAGUACACAUCCUCGACUUUGGAAAGUUUAUAUGAAAUGAAACAAGAUUCGGAAAAAAGUGAAAGAAAUAGCACAUCCAACGAAGAAUCGAAAAAUUGGAUGGCAGAGUUGGAGUGCAAAGACUUCCCCUGUCUCGCUCCUUUGGAGCUUCCAGCUUUUGACUUAGGAUUUGAUACGCAUUAAAAAUUGAUUGAAAAAUAAAUUUAUCUUUAUUAUUCUA